AUAGACUUGAACUCCCUGCUUCUCGCCAUGUCCAGAGCAUCAUCAUCGACUCUGAGGAGUCUGGCUGUCUCCUCAUCUUCCAGGAUCUAUGCCGCUCCGACAUGCCUGCCUCGCCGGUCGUUCGCCUCCCAGGCGAAGCCCAUGUCUGGUCAGGUCUCUUCCGUUGACAAACGAGUGUUGGAGGGCGUCGAUGGAUUCAUACCGCAGCGGAACAUGGAGGUCAUUUGUGAUUGGCAGAGGGGGCUCUGGUCUAGACUGCAGGAGGAGGUCCGGAAUAACCCUGAACUGCUCGAAGUAAAGCAGAAAUGGGACAAAUCAGGACUUGACAUGACUUAUAUGGUCUCUCAGACUGCGAAGAAUCAGUCCACAGCAUUGGCAUACAACUGGUCAGCUUUAUUAUUGAACAACUCAUUCUUCCUCGAGAACAUUAACGCCUACGAACCGCAAGAAGUGCCGCACAUGUACGAACCUCUCCUGGAUAAAGUCUCUGCGUACGCAGAUGGCAUUGUUGGAGGUUGCUGGUUAUGGCUGGUCAAAGCCGGUGAUAAGUCCUACGAUGUCGAUAUCGUUCCAACAUUCGGCAGCGGCACCUUCCUGGUUUCCAACCGUGCGCAACGAGGUCGAGAAGAUUUGCCCGUAUUCGGAACACCUUACAACUCCACGGAUACUGAGGGUGCGGCGAGACGAGACGACCGACCUGCUCAGGCUGGUCUGGGUGCUGGAUCUGCUCCCAACAGAUCUGUCAACACCAAUCGCUUAAUGAGUGGAGGAGUGGACUAUACUUCCUUCCCUGCACCUUUGGCCGUGCUGAACUUGUUUGAGCACGCCUACCUUGGCAAUAAGUAUGGCGUUUGGUCAAGAGCCGCCUAUGCUCGUGAUUGGUGGAAGACAUUAGAUUGGAACAAGAUUCAACAGAGAGCAGGAAGAUAUGGCGGUGCAGGGUUUUGACCGAUUGCAUU